AAGACCUCGCAAGGCGAUUGUCGCGAUGGCCGCAAAGGGCUCUGAGGAUCCCCACUGGGCGUCGUCAUUCACCAAGCGCUAUGUUAGCGGGGCCGGUCUUCACAUCAGGCUCCCCUGAUGGACCUCGCUUCCCCCUCUUGUUGCCCAUCAAUGGCCAAAUCGUUAUUGCAAUCUAUCGUUUUGGUUGCUGCUUCGUGCGCGAUCCGCGAGCUGGAACGAGCGUCAACACCUCCACUGCCAUUGCUCCUGCCACCAUGGCAGAAGAGCAAUAUGCGCAUCCGGGGAUAUGCCUGUUCACAGUGCUGUUUAAGAUUUCAGCCCUGGGGUUUUAUAUUCUAUGCUCGAUUUUCAUUGAAAGCUUCGUGAUCCAAUUUGUCGUCACGGUAUUCCUGAUAGCGUUGGAUUUCUGGACCGUCAAGAACGUGAGUGGUCGAAUUUUGGUGGGACUGCGGUGGUGGAAUGAAGUGGAUGAGCAAGGUCAAAGCGUGUGGCACUUUGAGUCUUUGGAUCAACAGACCUUGGAGACAUUGAACAAGAAAGAUGCUUGGCUAUUCUGGUGGACGCUGUACCUUACUCCUGUGGUGUGGGUGGCUCUUGGGAUAGUCGCCCUUGUCAAGUUUAACUUUGACUAUCUGCUCAUAGUUGGGGUGGCCAUAAUCCUGAAUGCAGCCAACAUUGUGGGUUUCACCAAGUGUCGGAAAGAUGCGAAGAAACAGAUCCAGCAAUUUGCUACGUCAACUUUGACCGCUCAUAUGGGCAGCACAAUCCAAUCAGCUUUCAUGUCAAGUGUUUAGUUGUGGGUGAUGCAUAAAGUACCAGUGUUCAUGUUGCGGAAAUGGAAUGUAGGACCUUGCAUUGCGUCGGUGAAGAUAAUUUCUUACUUACUAUCAGGGCGCGCAUUGAACUUUGUGGACGAGGUUAUUAUGUACAUUUUUCCAGGUUCUGAACGUGUAGUGUCGCUAGACUAGGAAUAUCAGGGAACAUUUGUAGAUGUACAGAAAUGUAGAGUAUAUUUCAAUUUGUUCGGAUCGGGUUUUUAUUUGUUACAGUAGAACAAAUUUAGAUACCUCAGAUGUGUGUAAUUUUCAAGUAUGAAUUUAGCGAAGUUUCACUCGUCUACCUGCCGAUAAUGAAUAAGGCAUGGGCUUAUCCUUCAA